AUGAAUGAGCGCGUAAAGAGGAAGUUCUUCGCCUGGAAGAACCCGGACAAGUCGCGCGACGCGGCCAUCCAGCAGAUAGUGCAGGAAGAGAUGUCGACAUUGGGUCCAAUUGAAUGGGCUGAAGGCUCAGCACUUGGUAUUCUCGUGGCAGUUGUGUUGCUCUGGGUCUCGAGGAAGCCUGGUGUCGAAGGCUGGUCUGCUCUGGUGCCAUUGAAACAGGGAUCUAGAAUUGAUGAGACGGGGAGUAGUUUAACAUGUGUAGCAGAUUAA